CGCAUCACGGAUAUGACGUCAACGCGCUACAAUUCAAACUUCAGGAAACGAAAGCGUUUGGUUAGAAAACGGUCUUGUCGUUACCAAAAGCCUGGUUUCACGAGUUACCCGCAUUUCGCUGUAUUUGAGUCCAGGUCAAACCGAGCAGCCAUGACCUCUAAAAGUGCCAAAGAGACCAUCGUCACCAGGUUGGGGUUCAAAUCCAGCAGCUCCCCCUCCAAGGCCGAGGCGGAGCUGGAGAAGGUCCGAAAGGACAACGCUCACCUCAGGAGGAAGGUGGAUGAGCUGACCAAAAGACAAAUCAAACCGCCCGACGCCGACAAAAUCAAGCUGCUGGAGAGGAUCCUGUCCCUGGAGACGCUGCGAGAGAGAAACAAUCAGCAGUUGUUGGUUAAGGAGCAGGAAUUAGGAACGAUGCGACAGCAGCUGUCAGCCAGAGGAGGAGAGGUGGUGGCAUCGCUGCAGGCCCAGCUGGAGCAGAGGAAGAAGGAGGCUGAGCAGAGAGACGCCUUGUUCCAGAAUUUGUCGCAGGAGACGGGCAACCUGAAAAACCAGCUGGCCACCGUCUCUGCCCGGUGCCAGUCCCUGGAAGCGCAGGCGGCGAAUGGACAGCUACCUCCUGCAGACUUGGCUUUGGUACAAGAUCAACUGAGAGACGCGCUGGAGAAGAACCAGCAGUGGCUGACGUACGACCGGCAGCGAGAGGCCUACGUCCAGUCCGUGUCGGCCCGCACGCAGGAGCUGGAGCGGCAGCUGGCGGAGGCCAAGCAGCAGCUGCAAACCACACGAGAGGCCCCUUCAGACGCGCCUGUUAUCUCAGCGCCUGCUGACUCGGGAAAUGCCGAAAAAGAGGUUGAGCUGAAGAACCACUACGAGCAGUUGCUUCUGGGGGUUCAGAAGGACUUGGAGAAGAGAAAAGAGCAGGUUGCCAGGAGACAACAGGAGCUCGGCGUGCAGAGGGAACAGACGUCGAAGGUUCAAGCCGAGCUGCAGUCUCAGAGGGAGACGGUUACCAGGCUCCAGGAGGAGAUAUCCGCACUGCAGAGGAGGUACGAGAGCAAGUGCAGCGAUCUGUCUUCAUUUCUGAUGAAGUACGAAGAGAAGAGCAAAGAGACGGAAGACCUGAAGGUGCAGCUGCAGGCAGAGCGACACGGCAACAGACAAUCCGCGUGUGAGGAGAGGAAGGCCGCGUCUGAGCGGUCCGACAGGAUGCGACUGGAACUGGAGAACAUGGACGUCCGGCUGGACGAGGAGAGGAAGAGAUCCGCUGAACUCCUACUGCAGGUGAAUAUGCUGCAGAAUUCACUCCUGAGCCAAAAUGAAGAAAAAAGGAGACUCGCCGCCCUGGAGCAGCAGAUCCAACUCUCCACCAAGGACUUUGAGAAUGAAAAGAUUGAUCGUCAGGGCGUGCAGCAUCAGUUACAUAAGGUGCUGAAGGAGCUCCGCAAGGCCAGAGAUCAGAUUGCUAAACUGGAGUCUGCUAAACAGCCAAACGCCCGUUUCUCGGAGCCCAGCUCCUACAACAACUUUGAGUUUGGCCGUCUCACCAUCGACAACCCCCCCGGUCCCGCGUCUCCCUCCAAAGCCGCCAACCUCCUGGAUGAGAGUUUCCUGGAGUGCCCAAAGUGUCGGGCGACGUAUCCCACCAGCCGCCACAGGGAGCUCCUGGCACACAUUGACUACUGCUUUGCUUGAGCUAGAAUAAGUGUGUGCGCGUGCGUGCGUGCGUGCGUGCGUGCGUGCGUGCGUGGGCACAGGAGUGGGGAAUAGAGAAGCAACAAUAUACACAACACAAAUCGUUAUUAAUUCUUUCCACAUAUCUUGGCCUCUAAAGAGAAAGGAAUGGAUCACAUUAUGAAGCAGACAGUGCUUUCUUUUAGCCAAAGAGGUUCAUAAUUCUAAUAAUAUCAAUUCAGGUAAUUUAACCCCUGCUGUGUUUUCUAAACGCCUGUUUCAUCAAAAGCAUACUCUACAAACACAAUACUCCUGUGAGCAACUACUCUGAGUAAGAUAUAUAUAUAUAUAUUAGUGUAUAUGUAAUCUAAACUUAUUUGGAGGCUGCUUGUAUUCUUCUUCCGUUCCUAAAGCUGAUUUGGCUGCAGCUUCGUGUAACAUGAACAGUUGAUCACUGGAUACACAUUUCUGAUACUAUAGUCAAUAAUGGGCAUUGUAGAUUCGUUCCACACACAGGUGUGUGUGUGUGUGUGUGUGUGUGUGUGUGUGUGUGUGUGUGUGUGUGUGCGCGCACGCACGCAGUUCCCAUAAACCAGAUUAAUUGUAUCACUUUAAUGCAGGUAGUGAGCUUUGCACUCCAAGAGGUUCCGAUGGUUCCUUUGAGUGGGUUUAUUAUCUAAACAGCUUAAAUAACUGAGUUGAUGGUAAAUUAUUUUUUUAUAUCUAAAUGGGAUUCAAGGGAUAGUCAGUUUCACGCUGGAUGAAUAUGGAGGAAUAAAAUCUAGUGCAGUUUUAAUUUGCCAGCAGAAAACCAUGAGGCCAAAGUAUUCCUCGUGCUUGUUGCUGCGUUCUCCCUGCUCCUUUUUUUUCUUAUUUUAUUGAAAAGCUCUUGGUGAAUUUUAUUUUGUGUGUAUUUGGAUUUAUUUAUUCAUUCUUGGGAUUUUUUUCUUUUCAUGCCAGCAACAUAAUGAUAGCUUUAGUUUUCCUCCAGGUAAUGUAAGCAUUGCUGAUUGAAUAUCACUGCCCUUUUAUUAUUGUUAUUUUGUAUUUAUGACUGCCUUUUUUUUUUUUAGAACAUCAUGGGCGUUACUUGUUGUGUUGCAUCAAAGUUUACAAAGUUACUAGCCGUAAACCUCCACUUUCAGUUUAUGUAACAUUGAAGGCAUAUUUCCUUUUUUCUUUAACAGUAUUGAGGGGAAGGACCUUUUUUAUAUCAGGAGGAUACGCGUUCACUCCUUUUGUGUUCUCCACUGUGUUCACAUGUCCGUCGCCAUCGUAGACAAACGUUGCCCGUCGAGGUUUUUACUUCCAAUCUAAAGGCCGCGUGGUGUUGGACCAUGUGACCCAACCCACCGUUUGGUUUGUCUGCGGCCCGAUUAUAAACCCUCUGCACAUGGUGCCCGGUUGUCCUUGUGUUCUUCCCUCCGGUGGAGCUCGCUUCCACCUCCGCUCUUCCAGCCUUCAGUCCCGUGGGGCUGGAAUAAGAUUGCAUGAGCUAAUUCCUUGUACUAAACUAUUUAAGGCGAGGGAUUAGAAAAGGUCCUCCUGGCGCUGGAAAGGGGGUUAAGUUGCCUUUAUUUCUGCCGUGUUGGCGAUGCAGCUCAAUAGACUUAAGGCGGACAGACACCGCUAUAGUGUCAUCUUUUAGAUAACUGUUUUACUUUUAUCACAUUAUUUUGGAUACAUUUAUUCUGUUUUGCUGUUUGUUUUUUAAUCAUGGGCUCUUAAGUUGUUUUGCCAUGUACUGUACAAGUGUGCAAUAAAGAUAUAAAUGCCCUUCCAA